AUGCUUUGUUCUACUGAGGGGCCCGCGGUGAAUUUCAAGCAUCCAGUCAACCCUAUAGAUGCUGAUGACAGCCAUUGCAAAUCAAUAGGACCUUUGAAAUUCUACAACUCUGAGAUUCAUGCUGCUGCUUUCUGUCUGCCAUCUUUUGCAAAGAAGGUGAUUGACUCCAAAAUGAAAUGA